AUGCGGCACGAUGUACACAUGGGCGAGGCCCUAGAGAACCUCGCAAGUACCAUGUCUGCAGUCGAGCAGCCUCCACAAAGCCUUGUUGAACUCGAAUUGUUUCCCUCCCGACGCAGUGAAAGAAGUGCCGCGCGGGAUUUAGUCUGUGAUCUUUCUCCAGAGCCAGAGCGAAUGCCCGAUCUUGAGGAAGAGGCAGGCUCUCCGACUCGAACAAUGUAUCAAGGUGUUCCUCCAGAGAUUGGCAGUUUUACUUCAGAGGUUUUAUUUGUAUCGGUAUGCUCUGUCGGUCUUUUAAUGUUCGCUUUCCUAGCGGGUGACAUUACUGUCAAUCAAGAGGAGUUAAAAGGAGCUCUGAACCUUACCAAUAGUGAGCUUCCUUGGCUUCUUGGAGCGUAUACCCUUCCUUUAAGUCUCUCUGUUGUGAUUUCGGGCUCCCUGAGUGACUUGACGCCGCCGCGAAUGUUGAUGGUCGGGGCCUUUGCCUGGAUGACCAUUUGGAACAUAAUCGGCGUUUUCUCUGUCAAGCCCAGCAUGGUCAUUCUCUUCUACAUCGUUCGCGCCAUGCAGGGACUAUCAGUGGGAAUCCUUGUUUCCGGAUCGAUGAGUAUCUUAGGUCGGGUCUACAAUCCAGGGCGUCGAAAAAAUCAGGUUUUCUCUGCUAUGGCCGCCACUUCGCCCUUUGGCUUUUGGCUUGGGGCCAUUCAAGGUGGCGCUCUAAAAGCCCAUCUCGCCUGGAUCUUUGGCAGCAAUGCGAUACUAUCGGGGAUGUGUCUAAUCGCAGCCUAUGUGACUAUUCCUGCGUUGAAGCCCGUUGCAGACAUUGCAGGUACCGAAGCACCGACGAUCCGACAAUUCGACUUUAUCGGAGCAUCGCUUGCAGUCUCCGGUUGUGUCUGCCUUCUGUUCGGUCUCACCCAAGGAUCAGUGGAGGAGUGGUCACCCUUUACUUACGCCUUAGUGAUAGCCGGCAUUCUGCUGAUCGUGGCAUUCUUCUUCGCCGAGCAUUGGGUUGAACGUCCACUGAUACCUAACCGGCUCUGGAAGACGAAAGGCUUUACACCACUCAUGGUGGCUUAUUUCCUAGGAUUUGGUGCCUUUUCCGGAGCCUGGCAAUUCUACGCCGUCCAGUUCUGGCUAAGAAUUCAACAUACCGCACCGCUCACAGUGGCCUUUUACCUACUUCCAAAUGCCAUUGUCGGCGUAUUAGCCACAUGGGUCGUGAGUAAGACCUUACACGUGCUACCGGGACACUACAUCUACCUCACAGCGAUGCUCGCCUUCGCACUCGGCCCGGUAUUCUUCCCACCCCAGACGUCAGGAACUACGUACUGGGCACUAUCAUUCCCAGGCGUCGCACUCGUCACCUUCGGGCCAGAUCUCUCCUUCGCAGCCGCAUCGAUCUACAUCACCAGUAAUGUGCGCCGAUCCUACCAAGGAAGCGCAGGCAGCCUGCUUGUGACUGUGCAGAACCUGAGCACAGCUGUUAUGACAUCUCUAGCAGAUGCGAUUGGAAACAAAGUGGAUAAGACGCCCUCGGGCGAUAUUGGCUUGGAGGGUUUGCGAGCCAUCUGGUGGUUUGGGCUGGCAGCGGAAAUCAUUGCGGCUCUUAUUACUUUGUUUUGGGUGAGAAUUCCCAAGGAGGAAGAGAAGGAGCAUGUUCUUUAA